CGUACGCCUAAGGGCACAAAACCCCUACGGAUAAAUGAUAAUCGCCAAUACCCCAAAUUAGCAUCAAAAAUACACGGAAUUCUGGUGGAAAAAUACAGGAACCCUCUAUAAAUUUUUGGACUGUUCGUCCUUUACCCCCACCAUGGGCUGAAUUAAUAUCAGGCGUCCUUGAUUUUAUUACCUGGUGGUUGCGAGACGUAGCAUUCAGUUGAUCCGCAGCUUCCCUAGGGGAUGAGGUCGAUGUAUGAAAUUGUAUUUCUGCCAGUUCAUAAGGUUUUGUGUGUCGUGCUGUGGACAGAAUGAGUUCGGAAUUGUUCACGAGGAUGGAGCUGUUUUUUAAAUAUCUCAACGUAGACGCAGACGGCAACGACCCUCAAAGUCACCAGGACAUCCUAACAUGCGGCUCCUGUCAAAAACCCUUCGCUCUAUCGGACAUCGUGUGCUUCAUCCAGCACAAAAUAGCUUCCUGCAACAAGGAAAACUUCGGACAGUGUUUCUCCAACACCGAUCGAGAAAGAGACAACGACGAUGAAGCCCUGCCAUUGACCACCAUCAACACCAGACGGCCUAGCAUAAGCGCCCCAAUCUCCAGCAAAAAAUCGACGGGGAGCAGGGUGCAUACGCCUCCCCCAGCUUCCCCGAGGCUGCUGGCACCAGCCGAUCUCUGUGUGGAUGGAGCUGCCUCAUCUACUCCCAUCAGGAGAGGAUCUGCGACUCCUCUAACCACCUCCAGUCCCGAGGAAGCCGACGAUAUCAAACCGAUCAUCAAGAGGGAGAGGACAGAGUUCUCAUCUUCCCCAGAGGAUCACAGUCAAAAUAAGAAGUCUAGGACGGAAGUUGCAGACGCUGAAUCGAACACAACACAUAGCGAACCCAGUAACUACGUUUGCUGCACCUGCAAAGCCCGCCUCCACUCAGCCUGGAGGCUAGUCCAACAUGUACAGAACUCCCACGGUAUAAAAAUCUACGUCGACAACUUCUCCUCCAGCAAAAACAACAACCACAGUUCGAGCAGCGCCAGCAGUAGUUCCUCAGGGUAUUCAACGGGUAGUGGCGCUCCUACGCUGCCAAACCUGAGGCAUCACGUGUUCCCCCCACCGGAUCUACACAACCCCUUCAGUUUAUUGAACCGAAUACCGACCUUGAACCACACACCAGUUCCUCCAGCCCCGUUGUUCCCACGACCCGAUCACCAGUUCAGGAUCGAUCAGUUGGUGAACGAACAGUUCAGGCAUCACAGUUUGAGUCUGGCGGCUGCUGCCGCAGCCGUGGCCGCGGGUGGUGUACCCCCGCCACACCCCGCCUUUCCAACGAACGCAGAUCCGAGUACGACAGUUCCUGGUCUUCCUCCUAGAGAGAGAAGCAUCCCAAGUCAGCCUAUCAAAAUGGAACCACAGCAGGAUUUUUACUCGCAGCGGUUGAGGCAACUCGCUGGUGCAACCAGCCCGGGGUCGGCUCAGGCGAGCUCGCCGUUACCUCGAAAGCUUUCACCGCCAUUUGCAAGUCCCUCGCCCUCGCAAAUUCAGCCUACGCCGGCCAGCAACAACAUGAGCGUCAGCAGCAACAGCACAAACGGUAACAAUAACAACAACAGCGGAAGUUCUGGUGGCAGCAGUGGGAGUAGACCACCCAGCGCGUCGCCUCAAACCGAAGACGAACCUCAACCCCUGACAACCACACCCAGAUCCUCUCCCCAAGUGAAUCAGACCGCACCUCUGGAAUCGCCGAAAGUUAACAACGAGAUGGAGCAAUGUUACCCUUGCGAAUACUGCCCGCAGAAGUUCUCCUAUCAGGACAGCUUGGACGAGCACAAGAAAACCCACAACGACGGCGUGUUCAAAUGUAAAAUCUGCGACCACACGUGUUACAAGAGAUCCAAACUGAAGGCGCACAUGAAAAUACAUCGAACGCCUGACGACAAACAGAGCAACGCUGGUUCCGUGGAAACUGGCGAUGAUUCCGAUGAAGAAGAUGAAGAUAUGGAGGAGGAUGAAGACGAGGAUGAGGAGAUGGAUCAGGAGGAGGAAGCUGAAGAUCUGAGCGUCCCUAGUCAAGGCCAACAAAAGAAUCAUCUUCAAUCGGCGAAUUUAGUCGGGGAAUUGAUGGAUAAAUUCGGUUUGAGCAACAUCGCACAGUACAGCGAAGCCUAUAGACAGGCGGUCGAAGAAUCCAGCACCAAGAUAUUAGCGAAUAAAGACAGGGAUAACAACAACAGCACAGUGUUGAACAACCAUAUGAAACUAUCGGCGGAUUUCGCCAAAGGCAUGCUGCCUGUACCACCACCCCAACAUCUUCCUCUUUUUCCACCUUUCAACGACUCCUUCGACUCCAGAAGGAUGAAGAUGGAAUUCGAAAGGGGCGAUUGGUGGUUGCCCAACCUUCCAAGGGGCGAAACCAAGGGUCUUCCAGGACCAAGCACCCUCAUCCCCAACCAGCUGAUCAAGAAGGAGAACAGACGUAACGACACCUGUGAAUUCUGUGGUAAAGUGUUCAAAAACUGUUCGAACCUGACUGUGCACCGGAGGUCGCACACAGGGGAGAAACCGUACAAGUGCGAGUUGUGUUCGUACGCAUGCGCGCAAAGUUCCAAACUGACCCGGCACAUGAAAACGCACGGUAGGAUCGGCAAGGACGUAUACAGGUGCCGUUUUUGCGAGAUGCCCUUCUCAGUUCCUUCGACCUUGGAGAAACACAUGAGGAAAUGUGUGAUGAAUCAGGGAAAAAGUCAUCUUUUAGGCAGUAUGUCGAUGUGUGGCGACGACGAUUCGUCGACAAGUCUGACCUCGAAAGAGGUGACAUGACUUUUUCCCUGGGGCGGUCUAAGGCUGCCCCCACACCCUCCGAGUCUAACGUACUAACUAGUCCCAGAAUUAUAGAAAAUUAUUGUUGUGAAACAGUCUGUUGAUUCGAAUGUACUUAAAUUUUCCUAUUUUAUUUAUUACCACAUAUUUUUAUCGAGUUGUACGAAUGGCUUUUCCCGUUACGCCGAGAAAAGCGGUUCAUUCACUGCAGAUUGUUGUCAGAAUUUGUGAGAGCCUGUAGCAUCUUCCUGGAUUGACUUCGGCGUGGGUACCGUCAAUGUACUCAUCCUAACGAGCUUCUACUACGAGGUGAAGAUGCUACGAGCAGUUGUUCAUUCCAGAAUCAAGUUAGAUCGAGCUGGACUUGAAAAGGAUGAUAUUUUUCGAAUACUACCUUUGUCUCUUGUUCUGCGUAACCGAUACCAAAGCAAUGUUUAUUAUUUUGUAUUACUAUUGAAAAUGGUUUAUUGAGUUUAUACAUACUUAACUAGAUGUAGAUUGGAUUCAUGUAUAUUUGUAAUUAGGUUAUUAUUUCGAGACUGAAAGGGCUUAAGGUGAAUCAUUGCCGAUACUUACCUCCAUUUUUAGGCCCACCCUGUACAUUCCCCAAUCAUAUCAUUAUGGCCAGUAGCCUGACUGUAUAUAUACCAGUAUUUAUUGAACCGCAGUUCUUCACUGUAAUGUACAAAAACUGUUUUACUUAAACUACUUGAACAUCAUAAGCGAAAUCGUCUUAUAUAUUCCCGAUGGAUUUUGCUCAUGUUGUUUAAAAGUUGUAAUGAAUGUAUAGUAUUAUUAUUUAUUUGAUAGUUUCAAGUUUCUCGAAGUUACUUAUCUCGGUGUUAGAAAGAAAGAACACCCUGUGUAUCAUCGAAUAUGUUGAAAACUGGUAAAUGUGCAUGUAUACUGAAAUACGCAUUUUCCGCGUACACAAAAUUAAAUGUGUUCUCAUAACUUUUUCUUUGAUUCAUUGUAGGCGAAUGUAUGAUUUCUAACUCAUAGUUUUUAUCAUUGUUACUUUGUUUUAUCGUUGAAAUAAAUUUAUAAAAAUUACAUUGUCUUGUGAGUGAAGUACUAAGAACUUUCCUAUAUACGGAUUCGCCUUCCGAAACUUGUACAAAAUUGACAUUAAAAUCGAUUUUUAUGGCAAUAUUAGAUUAAAAGUGGACCAGGGUUUGAUUCUGUCGUUCCGCAAAUUUUUAUUAAUGUAACAUUGUAAUUAUGAAUGUUGAUAUGAUGUUAUUUUGAAUAGUUUUAUUUUUAACGAUAUGGCUGUAGCACCAUAGUGUUCAUUCGAACUACUUGCUGGUUCCGAUGAAUGCUCCGUUCCUAUCCAAAACUCUUAUUUCAGUGUGUAUUAAAUCUAUUAUUACUGAAA